CAUUUGACUGGCAGUCUUCACUUCUUCUUUGUGUUCGACGUUUGACGUGUCAGAGAAAAUCAAAAGUUAACUCGUUGUUAAUUCGCAUGUUUUGUUUUGCAACGAAGGCAACGAAUUUAAAACGCACUCCGCUGCCUCACAGUUAACGUACACACACACACACACAGUCAUACAUAAGGAGGCAAAAUGGUUUUAGCAGAUCUAGGAAGGAAAAUAACAACAGCGCUGCAUUCGCUCAGCAAAGCCACAGUGAUCAAUGAGGAAGCGCUGAGUGCAAUGCUCAAAGAGAUCUGCGCAGCUCUACUGGAGGCGGACGUCAACAUUCGACAGGUGAAGCAGCUGCGCGAGAAUGUGCGCGCCGUAAUUGACUUCGAUGAGAUGGCCGGCGGUCUGAACAAGCGUCGCAUGAUUCAAUCUGCCGUCUUCAAGGAGUUGAUCAAACUGGUCGAUCCGGGCGUGAAACCCUAUCAACCCAUCAAGGGCAAAGCGAACGUGAUCAUGUUCGUCGGUCUACAGGGUUCCGGCAAGACAACGACAUGUACGAAACUGGCCUAUCACUACCAGAAACGCAAUUGGAAAUCGUGCCUGGUCUGCGCGGAUACUUUCCGUGCUGGUGCCUACGAUCAGGUCAAGCAGAACGCGACCAAGGCACGCAUUCCCUUCUAUGGCAGUUACACAGAGAUCGAUCCUGUGGUCAUAGCCCAGGAGGGCGUCGAUAUGUUCAAGCGGGAGGGAUUUGAGAUGAUCAUUGUGGACACUUCCGGCAGGCACAAGCAGGAGGAAUCGCUCUUCGAGGAAAUGUUGGCGGUGUCAAAUGCCGUCAGUCCCGAUAAUAUCAUCUUCGUGAUGGACGCCACCAUUGGACAGGCUUGCGAGGCUCAGGCCAAGGCCUUCAAGGAGAAAGUUGACAUCGGCUCCGUCAUCAUCACCAAGUUAGAUGGUCAUGCCAAGGGUGGUGGCGCUCUCUCGGCUGUUGCUGCCACCCAAUCGCCCAUCAUCUUCAUUGGCACUGGAGAGCACAUCGAUGACUUGGAACCGUUCAAAACAAAACCUUUCGUUAGCAAGCUGCUGGGCAUGGGUGACAUUGAGGGACUGAUAGAUAAGGUGAACGAGCUGAAACUGGACGGAAGUGAGGAGUUGAUGGAGAAGAUUAAGCAUGGCCAUUUCACCAUACGCGACAUGUACGAGCAGUUCCAGAAUAUCAUGAAAAUGGGACCCUUCUCUCAGAUCAUGAACAUGAUACCGGGCUUCUCGCAGGACUUCAUGACCAAGGGCGGCGAACAGGAGUCGAUGGCGCGCAUCAAGCGCAUGAUGACCAUGAUGGACAGCAUGUCCGACAGUGAGCUCGACAAUCGCGAUGGUGCCAAGCUCUUCAGCAAGCAGCCCACCCGCUGCCUCCGUGUGGCACAUGGCGCCGGCGUCAUUGAACGGGAGGUGAAGGAGAUGAUUGCACAUUACACAAAGUUCGCGGCGGUGGUUAAGAAAAUGGGCGGCGUCAAAGGACUGUUCAAGCAGGGCGAUAUUGCGAAAAAUGUGAAUCCCACACAGAUGGCCAAGCUGAAUCAGCAGAUGGCCAAGAUGAUUGAUCCCCGCAUGCUGCAGCAAAUGGGCGGCGUCGCUGGCCUCCAGAACAUGAUGCGACAACUGCAACAGGGAGCUGCGGGUGGCCUCGGCGGACUGGGGAACCUGAUGGGCGGAUUUGGUGGCAAGUGAGCAGGACGUUCUUGUAAUGUGUGUAAAGAUGAGUUUUGUAUGAUUUUGUUUUAAAUUAGUUCGGUUUACGUAGCAUUAAUUUGUUAACGGUUUGCAAGCGCGACAAUUAUCCUCAUUUGAAUGGCGAUUUCCUCUUGUUUAACCAAAAUCAAUUACAAUUCGUGGCAAACAGCGAAACGAAAUCUAUGUAAAACAGUUAACAAUUACAGAGUUUGCGCUCUUCGGUUUUUGUACGGUUUGGCCAGGUCAUUUUUCUAUUGUUUAACAGCAGUUGACUGUAAACGAAUAAUUAUAAUAGCAUGCAUAAGAGUCCGUACGGAAAUGAAAUAAAUAAAAACUAAAUAUGAA